GGCAGAGUUGGUCCGGCCGCCGCCGUCAGUCACAUCGGCCGCGUCGUCCGCGCCACACGCUACCCGCCGCGCACCCACCGACGAUGUUAGCACUGGUGCUCCUCGCCGCCGUCGCACUCGCGGCCGCGCAAAACGAUACAUUGCCGCGACCGCCCGCGCCUAGACGCGAACAGUUUCGAGUUAUAUACGAAUGGAACGCUAUCGAUUUCGAAUGGAAAUCCCCGGAAGAGCGCGAGGCCUACCUCAAUACAAGCCGAUACAUCCCCCAAAACGUCCUAAUCUCUGGCAUAAACUUCUACCAAGACGACUUGUUCCUGACUAUGCCGAGGAUGCUGGACGGAGUUCCAGCAACACUGGCGACAAUUCCCGUGGCCCCAACUGACACAGCACCAAAGUUGCGCCCGUUUCCUAGCUGGAGCCAAAAUGCUGUCGGUGAUUGCAACGCGUUGCAAUUUGUUCAAAAUAUAGAAAUUGAUAAAAAUGGCCUUAUGUGGAUAUUGGACAACGGACGUGUGGGUACCCUCACCCAGAACCCUGACGCUAAGUGUCCUCCCUCCCUGGUGCUCAUAGACCUCAAGAGUGGCAAAAAUGAAAUGGAACGCAUUCCGUUCCCAGCAAACACGGUGAAUCCUAAUACGACUUAUUUGAAUGAUCUUGUUGUGGACAAUCGGAAUGGUGAUUAUGCGUACAUUACGGAUAACAGUGCUGUAGAUCCUGGAAUCAUAGUUUUCCGCCGUAGUGAUAAAAAAUCGUGGAAAGUUCGCGACAGUCAGUCAAUGUCUUCGGUCGCCGAGGCUACAUUUUUCCGCAUUAAUGGCACCUCAGUUAACUUACCUGUAAACAUCGAUGGAAUUGCCCUGGGACCACAAUAUCGUAAUGAAGAGGGCAAAGUCGAUAGAAAAGUAUAUUACUGUCCCUUGUCAAGUUAUCACCUGUACGCUAUAAACGCUUCCGUACUGCAAAAUGAAUCUCUAGGUCAGCAAGGUAAUGGUGCGCUGCGUCCCUACGUCGUCGACCUCGGUAACAAAGCCUCGCAGACUGACGGCAUGAAGAUGGAUUCAACUGGUGUCUUAUUCUACGGUUUGAUCGGAAAUUCGACUAUUGCGGAAUGGAAUACGACCGUCGACUUCCGUGUCGGCCAACGGACCAUCGCUCGCGAUCCCAACUACAUACAGUGGGUUGAUCGAUUCACAUUCGAUAAUAAAGGAAACGUUUAUGUGGUCAUAAAUAGGCUGUACAACUUCGUGAAAAAUCAGGUGUCUGUGAAUGAAGUUAACUACAGGAUUUUGAAGUCACACACUGGUUCGAAGAGCUACGUGUUCAGUGAAGACCUGGUGGAGCCGUCGACACCGUCGGGCCCGCAGAGCGCGGCGGCCGCCCCGGCGCUCGCCAGCUCGCUGCUGCUGCUGGCGCUGGCGCACCUGCUGGCUUAGUGCGCUAGCUGCUCCGGUCUGCAGGCCGCCACGACCUUGAGUACUAGUGCUUGUCAUUAAGCAACGCUCGGACUGAUGCGUAACAUUACCAAAAAUAUUUAAAGUUACCUUGACCUCGUGGUCCAACCAGUGAUAUGCGCAUGUAAAAAUGCUUUGAAUAAUUAUAUUUUAGAAUAAUUCUACGUAGGAAUAGUAUACCAUAGAACGAACAACGGUGACCUUUCUAAGAGGGGUCGUGCCGAAGACGAGUCAUGUUGGUUUCAACGAAAGGUCGAGGACGUGUUGCCAAAUGCCGUGGCUCGGCUCAACAAUAAACAUUCCAACUAUUUCUAUAAGGUGCAUCUCGGCACAAUAUUUAUUUAUAAUUCUUAGGCAUAUAAAUACUUGACCAGUAAUGGGUAAGCAACUAAUAUCUCAAAUAUCUAUGGAACUGUAUAUAUCAAAGAGAAUCGAGUUGUACGCGCCAACACAUAGUGUGCGAUAAGUCUACAUAGUUAAGAUCUGUUUAAGAUAAUUUGUGUAUUAUACAUUAUUGCAACUAAUAUGUAAGAUUGUAUGUUGCGUGAACGCGACUGUGUGUGACUAUGAAUAAACGUGUUUAUCAUAUUAUA